AUGGAGGGCAUGGCGAACAGAACACACACGGGCGAGAAGCCGUUCAUGUGCCCUGUGUGUGGGAAGACAUUUGCACAUUCAUCACAUCUUCAGAGUCUACAGAGAACACACACGGGCGAGAAGCCGUUCCUGUGCCCUGUGUGUGGGAAGACAUUUGCACAGUCAUCACAUCUUCAGAGUCACCAGAGAAUACACACCGGCGAGAAGCCAUUCCUGUGCCCUGUGUGUGGAAAGGCAUUUGCACACUCGUCAACUUGUCAAGACCAUCAGAGAACACAUACGGGCAAGAAGCCAUUCCUGUGCUCUGUGUGUAGGAAGACAUUUGCAAAGUCAUCACAUCUUCAAAGUCACCAGAGAACACACACGGGCGAGAAGCCAUUCUUGUGCCCUGUGUGUGGGGAGGCAUUUGCACACUCAUCAAACAUGAACAGGCAUCAGAAGAAGCCAUUCAAUUGCUCUGUGUGUGGGAAGGCAUUUGCACAAUCGUCAACUCUUCAAACUCAUCAGAGAACGCACACGGGCGAGAAGCCAUUCCUGUGUCCUGUGUGUGGGAAGGCAUUUGCACGGUCAUCAACUCUUCAAACUCAUCAGAGAAUGCACACGGGCGAGAAGCCAUUCCUGUGCCCUGUGUGUGGGAAGGCAUUUGCAGACUCAUCAACUCUUCAUAGUCAUCAGAGAACACACACGGGCGAGAAGCCAUUCCUGUGCCCUGUGUGUGGGAAGGCAUUUGCAGACUCAUCAACUCUUAAUAGUCAUCAGAGAACACACACGGGCGAGAAGCCAUUCCUGUGCCCUGUGUGUGGGAAGACAUUUGCAAAGUCAUCAAAUCUUCAUAGUCAUCAGAGAACACACACGGGCGAGAAGCCAUUCCUGUGCCCUGUGUGUGGGAAGGCAUUUGCAGACUCAUCAACUCUUCAUAGUCAUCAGAGAACACACACGGGCGAGAAGCCAUUCCUGUGCCCGGUGUGUGGGAAGACAUUUUCCAAGUCAUCAAAUCUUCAUAGUCAUCAGAGAACACACACGGGCGAGAAGCCAUUCCUGUGCCCUGUGUGUGGGAAGACAUUUGCAGACUCAUCAACCAGGAACAGGCAUCAGAAGCCCCACGCACACGGAGACAAGAAGCCAUUCAAUUGCUCUGUGUGUGGGAAGGCAUUUGCACAAUCGUCAACUCUUCAAACUCAUCAGAGAACGCACACGGGCGAGAAGCCAUUCCUGUGUCCUGUGUGUGGGAAGGCAUUUGCACGGUCAUCAACUCUUCAAACUCAUCAGAGAAUGCACACGGGCGAGAAGCCAUUCCUGUGCCCUGUGUGUGGGAAGGCAUUUGCAGACUCAUCAACUCUUCAUAGUCAUCAGAGAACACACACGGGCGAGAAGCCAUUCCUGUGCCCUGUGUGUGGGAAGGCAUUUGCAGACUCAUCAACUCUUAAUAGUCAUCAGAGAACACACACGGGCGAGAAGCCAUUCCUGUGCCCUGUGUGUGGGAAGACAUUUGCAAAGUCAUCAAAUCUUCAUAGUCAUCAGAGAACACACACGGGCGAGAAGCCAUUCCUGUGCCCUGUGUGUGGGAAGGCAUUUGCAGACUCAUCAACUCUUCAUAGUCAUCAGAGAACACACACGGGCGAGAAGCCAUUCCUGUGCCCGGUGUGUGGGAAGACAUUUUCCAAGUCAUCAAAUCUUCAUAGUCAUCAGAGAACACACACGGGCGAGAAGCCAUUCCUGUGCCCUGUGUGUGGGAAGACAUUUGCAGACUCAUCAACCAGGAACAGGCAUCAGAAGCCCCACGUACACGGAGGCAAGAAGCCAUGCAAUUGCUCUGUGUGUGGGAAGACAUUUUCAUGGCCAUCACAUCUUCAGAGACACCAGAGAACACACACGGGCGAGAAGCCGUUCAUGUGCCCUGUGUGUGGGAAGACAUUUGCACAUUCAUCACAUCUUCAGAGUCACCAGAGAACACACACGGGCGAGAAGCCUUUCCUGUGCCCUGUGUGUGGGAAGACAUUUGCACAGUCAUCACAUCUUCAGAGUCACCAGAGAACACACACUGGCGAGAAGCCGUUUCUGUGCUCUGUGUGUGGGAAGACAUUUGCACACUCAUCACAUCUUCAGAGUCACCAGAGAACACACACCGGCGAGAAGCCAUUCCUGUGCCCUGUGUGUGGAAAGGCAUUUGCACACUCGUCAACUUGUCAAGACCAUCAGAGAACACAUACGGGCAAGAAGCCAUUCCUGUGCUCUGUGUGUAGGAAGACAUUUGCAAAGUCAUCACAUCUUCAAAGUCACCAGAGAACACACACGGGUGAGAAGCCAUUCUUGUGCUCUGUGUGU